CUGGUGUUCUGGAAGAAACUCAAACCUAGGAAAACAACCAUUGUUUCCUAAUUGUAUUUGUAAAACUAAAAGUGGAAGGAAGAGUAAGUUGGCAUUGUUACUUUUGUCUAGAUUGCUCCUGGUUUUUAGACAAGCAUGAUUUACUUUCCCCAGAGCUAUUAUUUUGUUCAGCAUUCCAUUGGUAGAUAAUUGAAACAUCUACUGUGUAGACUUUUGGUUAGUCCUUAGAAAUAAUUAAAGACAACUGAGAAAUUAUCCUAUCACAGUGUCUAUGUUUUCAGCAUUUGUUAGGCUUUGGGGGGUGGGGGACUAAAGAACAAAGGCUUAAUGAUAGAAGUCAGUUUUCAAACAUUUAUAAACAUCUCCAACUAGCUGUUUUGUUUGGCUGUUGUGAUCCAUUUAACAAAGUGCACAAGGUCCCUGCUUUCCUGGAAUUGUGAUCUAUACUUCUGGGAUGUUUACAUUGAAUAAAUAAUUAGAAAUGUGUUGAGUUUUUUAUAAAGUACUAUGGAAGCCUCUGAAAUUGAGCAUUUAAUUCUUUCUGAUGGGAAAUACUGUUAAACCCGAUUUGAAAGACGCACAGGAUUUUAUAGAUGCUCAGCAGAAAGUUUUUUCAGACAUUUACUCCCAAGCUGUGAUUUUUGUCUCAAUUUUAGGUAUUUAGAACAAUUGUGUUUCAGAUGCAGUUUUAUAACUAACAUGGAAAUAAACAUCAUCAAGUGUUUUAUGAAUUCUUUUGGCAAAGAUCUGAAGGCCACAGGAUACGUUAUUAUUAGUAGAGGUAGUAAUAGUACUUGCAGCAUUGGGAGUCAACCUGGGGUCAUCUCACAUGGAGGCUCACACAUUAUUCUUAGGGCCUUCUCUGUUUUAAAUUGAGAAUAAAUACACUCAUAGUAUGUGUGAAGAGAGCUUUCUCUUGUAUGAGGUGUACCUGAAAAGAAGUGAUAGAAAAGGAAAGGAGAGAUAGAGAAAGAUGGAUGGAGACAGGUGGUUCUUCUGUUACUGCUGUACCUGUUCUCUUUGCAGUACGAUAAACUUCUCUCUCUUUUUUUUUUCUUUAAAAACCAUUAAUAGAGCUAGGCAACUGGGCAUACUUUAAUUCCAGCACGCAGAUGGUUGAGGCAGAAGGAUCACUUUUAAGUUCAAGCAUUAAGGCAACCAACUUUCCAUAAUGUUUGGUGGCUAUGAGACUAUAGAAGCCUUUGAAGAUGAUCUUUAUCGUGAUGAUUCAUCUAGUGAACUGAGUGUUGAUAGUGAGGUGGAAUUUCAGCUCUACAGCCAAGUCCAUUAUGCCCAGAAUAUACAUAAUGCCAACAAGGAGGAAGGGUAUGAGGAAAAAAACUGUGACAAUUCUGAAACGGGGAGUAUUCAACCGAAUCAGAAGAACUUAAUCGUCCUUUCAGAUAGUGAGGUCAUCCAGCUAUCUGAUACAUCAGAAGUCAUCACAUUAUCUGAUGAAGAUAGUAUAUAUAGAUGUAAAAGAAAAAACAUUAAAGUCCAAUCGCAAGAAAAGACCCAGAGUCCUAGUAUUCCUCAUUCUAAUAAAGUGGCUAAGAAAUGCAAGAGGAAUAAUGAGACGUCUGAAACUGAAGAGAGGUCAAGUGUGAUCGGAGAGGUCAUGGUCAUAGAGGUCAGUUCAAAUGAGGAGGAAGAAAGUACCACUUCAGAGAAUGAAAAUGUGGAAAGCUGGAUGCUUCUGGGAUGUGAGGAAGAUGAUAAAGACAAUGACAUCCUUCUCAACCUGGUGGGAUGUGAGAGCACUGGUGCUGAAGGAGAAGAUGACGUAAACUGGUUCAUCAGUGACAAAGACAUCGAGGCCAAGAUAGAUAACAACAGAUCAUCUGGAAAAUGGAACAACCGAUAUUAUUCUGUCAACAAAAAUGUAACAUGUAGAAAUUGUGAUAAACGUGGCCAUUUGUCAAAAAACUGCCCAUUACCACAAAAAGUCCGGCCCUGCUGCCUCUGCUCAGAGAGAGGACAUCUCCAGUAUGGCUGUCCAGCCCGUUACUGCUUCGACUGCUCUUUGCCCAUGUCUUCCAACCACAGAUGUUUUGAAAGAUCUUCCUGGAGAAAACGAUGCGACCGAUGUGAUAUGAUAGGCCACUAUGCUGACGCUUGCCCAGAAAUCUGGAGGCAGUAUCACCUAACGACCAAACCUGGACCACCAAAAAAGCCAAAGACCCCUUCUGGACAAUCAGCAUUAGUGUAUUGCUACAACUGUGCACAAAAAGGCCAUUAUGGACAUGAAUGUACAGAGAGACGAAUGUUUAACCAGACGUUUCCAACAUCUCCAUUCAUAUACUGCUAUGAUGGCAAAUACGACAUCCAGCAAAGGGAUCGGAGAAUAAAGCGAAAAGUGAAAGAUAUCAAGAAAAAUGGAGAUUUUCCAAGGCAGUUCAAAAGACCACAUGUAGAAGAGACAGAUAAAAGGCGCCACCAUGAUAUGAGAAAAAGCCAUUCCUCAAGAAAUCACAGUAGGUGGCCUCGAGAAAAUAAAGAAACACAGGAAGAGAAGAGCAGAAGUAGAGAAGGCAGGACACACAGGAGGGCUCACCAGCCUUGGGAUGAGGGUGAAGACUUCCCCAGGGGCUCAAAACCCAAAUCCGCUGGCUGCAUUAACAACCAGAAGCCUUCCAGGUCCCUCCACCAUUCUUCCCAUUACCACAGGCUGAGAGAAGAGAAGCUUCUCAGAGAGAGCAGGCGGAGCAAGCCAAAGAAAAGGAAGUGCACAGACGAUAGCAGCCAUGAUGAUUUACUGCUUAUUAAGCAAAGGAAGAAGAAACCUAAGCCAAGUGGUUUCUGACCUGGUCUUCGUGCUUCAGUGUUCUGGAAAUGCUUUAGUAUCUGUUAAAUGAAAAGAGGCUGGGGAUUUUGAAUGCUGAAUUCCAGCCAUACCUGGAGUUGCUGUACAGGGGCCACAGAGAGUUCAGGUCUGUGUGCAUAGGCUGUCCUUAGGUAGGAAGGCAAACUUGAGGGAGAAAAUUGUCUUUUCAAGAAAACCUUUUUAAAUGCUUUGAAAAAUUAUAAGCUCAUCAGAUAAAUUCAUCUACAAUGUUUGAGGACUUAAAAGCUCAUUGGAAGAGAGUUUAUUAUUAAAGAAAAGUCACUACUUUUUUUAGCAUUCUUUUUUGUUUUUUAAGAACACUGGAAAAUCUGUAAAAACUCAGUGAGAAUCCGACCCCAGCUUUGCUUGCGUUAGAGGCUGUUGGAAUCUUUGUACAGAAGAGCGUGUAAAAUGAAGCUGUCACCAUUGAAUUCUGGAGGAAGUGGAGAAGGGGCCAUAACAAAAUACACAUACAGAAUAUGUGCAGUGUGGGCGUGCAAGACAGAGGUGUGAGAGGCGUCCUCAAACUUGAGUGCAAUUGCAAAGACCCUGUUCUUACCAGUUAACAGCCAUAGUUCAAGAAAUAUAAAUAUUACUGACCUAAUUUGUUCUUGUGGAUCUUUUUAAACACUGCAAAGCUAUUUAGAAUCUUUUGUACUUGUCUUUUUUACACUUGUGAAAGCCUAAUGUUAAGAAUAAGGAAAAUAAAAUGCCUGAAACCUUG